GCUGGGGGCGCGCUGGUAUAAAAUUUUGUUUGCUGGAGGUAUCGGUCUGCAGUGUCGCCAUGUCUCUCGCUGCCUCGGUUCUCGUGCUGCUCCUCGCCUGCCUGUACGCUGCAGAUGCGCGUCCUGAGGGAGCUCCCGCCGGAGCUUGCACGACCCUCACGCCCGAAUCGCCCCACGCAGCAAACGGUCAAACCACCCCGGUUCCCUACGAGAUCGACCUGACCAUGUUUGAAGACGACAACGGGACCUUGCAGUAUACUCCCGGCAGAGUAUACACAUUGACUUUUAGACGGAUGGGUGGCGUGACGUUCCGGGGAUUCUUUGUCCGGGCUCGGUUGGCCGCCGACGAUAGUUUCUUGACGAACGCUCCAUUUGCGAUGAUCGACAGUGAGAUAUUCACUCGCACUAGCUCGUGCACACCAGCGAACAGUGGAAUAACCCACAAUAAUGCCGCCAGGGCUGACCUUAUAGAGGUGCAAUUCCAGUGGACUGCUCCGCCUGAGGGCACUGGGACGAUAUUUUUUGGGUUUGCGGUUGUUCAGACGCGAGACGUAUACUGGGCAAACCAGAUGAGUGCUAUGCUGGAGGAAGAACCUGCAGGUUCGGGAGCAAAUGAUCCCUGCUACAUGUCUCCCUGUGCCGAGAAUGCCAACUGCGAAUCUAAUGAUGGUAGCUACGAGUGCGAGUGCAUGUCAGGAUAUGAUGGCGAUGGAAUCACCAACUGCUAUGAUGUCAAUGAGUGCGAGAGUGAAGAUUAUUGUCAGAGUGAGUACAUCAGGUACUGCAACAACACCGUGGGAGGCUAUUCCUGCACCUGCUAUGGCGGCUACUUCUACUCUUUCGCCGCCGAUGAUUGCAUAGAAAUAGACAGUGAUGAGCCGUAUCGAGCUCCAGCUCUGGAAGUCCCUGGCUGUAACGAGGAAUUGAACGCAUAUUUGCGCUAUUACCUCAGGGAAAGGAUGGAGAAAGCCGGCAUAGCAGCACUGGUUCUUUUCUCCGUCAUUGCAUUGACAAAGCAGAGCAUCAGCGACGGUUCGGGAGCAAAUGAUCCCUGCUACAUGUCUCCCUGUGCCGAGAAUGCCAACUGCGAAUCUAAUGAUGGUAGCUACGAGUGCGAGUGCAUGUCAGGAUAUGAUGGCGAUGGAAUCACCAACUGCUAUGAUGUCAAUGAGUGCGACGAGAGUGAAGACUAUUGUCAGAGUGAGUACAUCAGGUACUGCAACAACACCGUGGGAGGCUAUUCCUGCACCUGCAUUGGCGGCUACUUCUACUCUUUCGCCGCCGAUGAUUGCAUAGAAAUAGACAGUGAUGAGCCGUAUCGAGCCCCAGCUCUGGAAGUCCCUGGCUGUAACGAGGAAUUGAACGCAUAUUUACGCUAUUACCUCAGGGAAAGGGUACAGCAGUUCCUGGCCGAAUAUGUCGAGUAUACCGGCCUUUCUACUGGCAGUGGCUCCGAAAGCUACACUGAUUGAUAGCAGAACGGAACCUUCCCUACCACACCAAACGCACAAACGCACAUUUGUUUAAGCAACACAAGAGGAGUAACCAGUAACAUACCUACGUAUAAUUAUAGCAUAGUAGUGUGAUUUGUACACUUGUAUACUGUUCUCUAUUGCAUAGUGAAAUUUUUAACGGAGUGUUGAAAUUGAAAUGGAAGUGUGAAGUGGU